AUCGUGAAAGUGACGAAGGAAUACAUUCAUCUAGUAGCCAUGCAAGCAGCUGUGGUUCACAGGAAAAUGCAGCCAGCAGUGGUUCAGACUCAAGCAAGAAGUCAUCUGCUGAGAGUGCAUCCUGGGAUGGCCACCGAGGACUGGAGGGAGCAAGUGUUCUGGAUUCUAUUUCCACUACUGGCAGUGACGAUGGUUUUGUGUCAAGCCUCGAGGACUCCUUUCAGGAACGAGAGUCCUACCUGCCGCACUCCUUCCACAAACUCUUCCACUCGCCCCUCACCCUUGGGUGUAUGCCAACUUCUUGCACCACUGAUAAAGAAAAUGUGCCCAAUACUGACAACGACUUGGCUGGCCAUGUUCCUCAGUUGGCUUGCUUUUCUGCACGGGAGGCAGCUGCUGCCGCACAUGGCGCAUCUGGCUUGCUGGACCCCACGAAUGCAGUGCUCUGCGUAUAUCCGCAAGGCAGUGCUUUCAAACGCCCGGUGUCACCAGGAGACAUAAUAUCUCCCCCGUCUCAGAAGCGCAGCAAGGGCAGUCUUUUGCAGAGAGUCACUAGCUACACUGAGCCCAGCUGUUCUUUAAAAGUGACCAACUUUACCAGGUCACGCUCCGACACUGACGCAUCGAUCAAGAAUGCCUUGCAAAAAUCUACUGAUGAUCCUGAUCUCAUAGGAGAUUAUACAAAGCCUUAUGCCUUGCCUUUGGUGAAGGGAAAGCAUCAUGAUCUCAAGAUGAUACUCCCAUCCACGCUUGCUGAUGUCUUGCAAGGAAAGUAUGACUCUGUUGUGGGCGACUACACGAUAAUUGACUGCCGGUACCCUUUUGAGUUUGAUGGAGGGCACAUAAAGAAUGCCAUAAAUGUGUACAGCUCGGAGCACCUGAUGUCGGAGUUCCUGGAGAAAUCCACAUCAACCCCCGAUUCUCGUCGAAUCUUGGUAUUCCACUGUGAAUUUUCCUCGGAACGGGGUCCGAAGAGGUCACGCUUGCUGCGUGAAAGGGACAGGCAAAUGAACAAUGAAGAGUAUCCUGCCUUAAAGUAUCCUGAAAUAUAUGUCCUUGAAGGUGGCUAUAAGGCAUUCUAUGAAGAAUUCCAGGACUUGUGUACACCACAAGGCUACGUUCCAAUGCGCCACAAAGACUAUGAGGCUGACCUUCGACUGUAUCGUGGUAUGGCCAAAACAGAAGGGGCAGCUUGCAAGUCUCGCAGUGCCCUGCAGGUUCGACCCCUAAAGAAGUUCUAGGCACUCAAGCCAUCAGUUGCUGAAUGGGUUGGAUGCAUUCAUAUUUUACCGAAGGACGCUGUAGGCAAAAGCCAACCUGUCUUGGCCUAAGCAGCGUUCAAAGCUCUACAUGAUAUGUACGGUAACUUACGAUCAUAAUUUGCACUGCCACUUCUUCUGCCUUUGGUGGUACUGUGUUCUUUUUCAGUGGGCAUUAUUGAGUGGUUUCUGGAAGCAUGGUUGUUUCGGCUGUCAGUGAUUUUAGUUUAUCAUGCCCACUGUCAUUUGACAUCAUAGAAGUUGCUCUUGCGGAGUCUCUUGCUAGCAUCUGUCAAAGUGGCACAGACACAUAUUAGCAUUGUCUAUGUUCACAAAAGAACGCAUUUUGCAUUUUAUCUUAUGGUUUGCUGCUCAGGGGUUACGCAUGUAUUUAUUGCUUCACAAAUAUCGCGAACUUCAAGCCCAUUGUUCGUAACGCUUAGGAUAUUUUCUUUUAUUUUACUGUCUUCAGUGCAUGACACUGACAACUGCUCAAGUCAUUAAGUGAGCUCCCACUCUUUAUUUCUGUCAAUAUUUGGGACGUUGGGAAAGAAAGGUGGGUCUUCAGAAAAUUCACAGUGAAUACAUUGAAAGCACAUGUACGUAUGCACAAUUUUAUUUUGUGUAUUAAUAAAACAUUUUGCAGACUUUGA